AUGGCUCCCAAUGACGGUCCCUCGCGCAUGCAUGGCCUUCACGGCAAGAAGCUCAUCUACUUCACCUCGGUCUUUGUCUCGUUAGGUGUCUUCCUGUUUGGUUACGACCAAGGUGUCAUGAGCGGUAUCAUCACCGGUACCUACUUCAAGAGCUACUUCAACCAGCCAACAAGAGCAGAGAUUGGCACUAUGGUUGCUAUUCUCGAGGUCGGCGCUUUCAUAUCUUCUCUGGGAGUUGGUCGUAUUGGCGACAUCCUUGGUCGUAGGCGCACCAUUCUCUACGGAGCUGUCAUUUUUGUCAUUGGCGGUGCUUUCCAGACAUUUGCAACUGGCAUGCCUAUGAUGAUGCUCGGUCGUAUCAUUGCCGGUCUGGGUGUUGGUGCGCUUUCGACCAUUGUGCCUGUGUACCAGUCUGAAAUUUCACCGCCUCACAACCGUGGAAAGCUCGCGUGUAUCGAGUUUUCGGGCAACAUUGUUGGUUAUGCGUCGAGUGUCUGGGUUGACUACUUCUGCUCAUUCAUCCACAAUGACUGGAGUUGGAGACUUCCUUUGUUCAUGCAGUGUGUCAUGGGCUCGUUGCUCAUCCUCGGUUCUUUCUUGAUCUGCGAAUCUCCCAGAUGGCUGCUCGAUAACGACCACGACGAGGAGGGCAUUGUCGUUAUUGCCAACCUCUACGGCAAGGGCGACAUCCACAACCAAAAAGCGCGCGACGAGUACCGCGAAAUCAAGAUGAACGUGCUGCUGCAGCGUCAAGAGGGCGAGCGCAGCUACAAGGACAUGUUCAAGCGCUACUACAAGCGUGUCUUUAUCGCCAUGUCUGCCCAAGCGCUCGCCCAACUCAACGGCAUCAACGUCAUCUCCUACUACGCUCCUCUGGUCUUUGAGCAAGCUGGAUGGGUUGGACGCGAUGCUAUUCUCAUGACUGGUAUCAACGGUCUUACCUACCUGGCCUCCACAAUCCCUCCAUGGUACCUAGUUGAUCGCCUCGGCCGUCGUCCCAUCCUCAUGUGGGGCGCUGUGGCCAUGAUCAUCUCCCUCUCGGCCAUCUCGUACUUCAUCUACAUCGAUAUACACCUCACGCCGCGCAUGGUCGUUAUCUUCGUCGUACUGUACAACGCAGCAUUCGGUGCCUCGUGGGGACCCAUUCCAUGGCUCUACCCACCCGAGAUUCUUCCUCUGAGCAUCCGUGCCAAGGGUGCAUCUCUGUCUACUGCGUCCAACUGGGCUUUCAACUGGCUGGUCGGAGAGCUCACUCCCAUCCUACAGGACCUCAUUCAAUGGCGUCUGUACUUGAUGCAUGCAUUCUUCUGCGCCGUCUCAUUCGUUGUGGUGUAUUUCUGUUUCCCAGAGACAGCUAAUGUACGCCUCGAAGACAUGAACAGCAUCUUCGGCGACGCUUCCACCAUCGCCCCCUCACCCCAAACUCUCGCCGAAGCCGAAUCGCUUUUCAGCCGCAGUCCUGCACCUUCCAUGCAUCUCGACCGCGACGGCGACGCACCCCAAGACUCCAACAUCCCCGACUUGGAUAUUGAUCCCCCUGCUGUGGAUGUGCAGAACGGCAAACCCAUGUUUAGCCGCAAAGAGAGUGACUCUGAAGGUCUGGGAGGUUGGAUAUCUGGGCUUGUGAAGAAGGGCAAGGAUGGAGAUGCAGGGGGUAGUGGAAAGUAUAGACGUGUUGGCCAGGACGAUGAUUAG